AAUAUUAUAAAUCGGACCGCAUACCCGGAAUACAAUAUAAAUAAGUAAUUUGAAUACACACUUUUGUCACAGUCUUAUACACAAAAUGUCAUCUUUGUCACUAUAAUAACAGUACACACAUGUGACAACACUAACGUAAUUAAAUUGUAUAAUGACAAUAAUAUUCCACACUCCCCCUCAACAAAAUGACGUAUGAUAUCUAUAUCAAAGAUGUAUAUACCAUCCAUAUAAAUAAUAUAAAACAACAUACAAUAAACAAGCCUUAAAAGCAUGUACAUAUCACAAAGUGAAGUUGAAUAGCAACACAUUAUAUUGUAUGUAUGUUGAUUUAGACAAGUAAUAUAAUGAUGAAAUAGGUUUUUUACACUUGUAAAGGAUUACUAUUCAGGUAACAUCUGCGAGGCAUUGAUUUUUAGUCAUCUCUUUUACUGGCUUAAUAAUUUUCUUCGUUUUCUUGUAAAUAAAGGAUAAUUUAACAUUUCAUUUAAUUUAGGUUUAGUUUCUGUGUGCUGUCUAUUCUAGUUCCAUAAUGACUUUAGAGGAAGGUGGUCGGAGAACAUGCAUCAAAGUUACAAUUAUAUUGGUCAACAUACCAGUAGCGCUGUUUGGUCUUGUUGCAGCCGGACUUGGGAUAUGGAUAGCUAUGGAUGACCCUAGCUUCAUGCAUUUUACACAUCUGGAUGAAAUAGAACUGUUUGAUACCUCCUAUGUAAAGACUGGGUCAUACAUCAUCGUUGCUGGUGGUUUUGGUGUAGCAUUAUUCGGUAUACUGGGCAUCGUAGCUGCAGCAACAGAGAGUAUGAUACUAUUAGCUGCUUAUACAAUGUUAAUUGCGUUAGCGAUGGCUGUUGAAGUAGCGGCAACAGUAUUGGGAGUUGUUUUCAAACAUACGGUGGAAAAUACUAUGGAGAAGGCAAUAGGGAGAAGUAUAACAGAAGAAUUUGAAGGGAUAGCAGAUAGCGAGAAUGCAUUUACCAUACAUUUUAAUGCAGUACAGCAAAAAUUGGAGUGCUGUGGUUUUAAUAAUUCGGCCGAUUUCUCUAAGGCUACUAAAUGGAAUACUACUGUCAACAACGUUACUCAACAGAUCCCUCCGGCAUGCUGUAAAAAUAUGACGUUAUCGGACCAAUGUGUGGCAAAUCCCACACCCGUCAACUCGUACACAAUGGGAUGUAAAGAGGCGUUAGCAGAUUUGUUUGAAAGAUAUUUCUCUGUUAUAAUUGGAGUAGCUGCUACACUUGUUUUCUGUCAGUUAGUUAUGAUGAUCUUGUCUUUCCUGAUGAUGUGUACAAAAGUGGAGAAUUCUUACAAUUUCAAAGAAUAACACCAACACAGAAUUAUGCUGAACGUUGAUAUUAUAAAUUGCAAUAUACUCAUAGUCAUGCCUGUACAUACAUUUUUAUUUAAAAUAUUUUGAUAAUUUCCAUUCGUUAAUACUGUUGUCAACAUACUGCAUGGAAAUGGAUUUUUGUUGAGAUUUUCGUGUGUAACCUUGUGACACUGUAACGAAGGAAAACCUGAUUGUUCGUAGGGUAUCUUUCAUACUAUAUAUGCUAGCCAUGCAAUAUACAUGUAUGACAAGGGUGGGAUUUUACAUCUUGCUUCAUAGUUGUUGGAAAAUUAUCCAUAUAAUUGUGUUUAAAUGUGAAUAUAUCAAUAGACCUUGUGUGGUCUCAUCAUUACCCAUGUGAUUAUUCAAAUGAGAUCUACAUUACGUUGAACUGUUAGUUCUGAUCAAUACUCAGCGCCUCAGCUCAAAGAUGGACUUGGAAUAUGACGAUUGGUUGUUCAAAAUCAACCAAUCAGAUUCUACAUGGGUAGUCACAUGAUUAAUAGAUUUCAUUGUUUGCAGUUAGAGGAUUUACUUAAAAUGUACAUUGCAAACAAAUAUUUUUCUAAAUU